AUGUGUGGUCCAGCCCUAAGCCGAGAGAGGACUGGAGCGUCCGCUUUGCGUUGGCAGGUGGGCGUGGGCAACACGGCGGGCCGCUACUUCCACGGCAUCCGCCCGACGCGGCCCGUGGACGCCCCGGGGGCGGACGGCGGCGGCAGCGUCCACGUCACUAGCACCGCGGAAGCGGCGCCGGGAGCGGGGACGGGGACGGGCACCGGGACGGGCGAGCCGUCGGGGGAAGAGCAGGGGGCCUCCCGCGCGGGCGGCCGGGGGCCCCCGCUCUCGCCGACGGCCACUGCUUCGUCGGCGGCGACUGCCCGUGAAGAGGAGGAGGAGGAGGAGGAGGAGGCGGACAAGCAACAGGAGAAACGCCAGGAGAAGCUGGAGGAGGAGGAGCGGCUGGUGAAGAAGAUCUGGAGCAUCGCGCAGGGAGACGGCAGCGCACCCGCCACGCCCCAGCCCGGGCCCGGCCCAGGCUCCGGCCCCGGCCCCGCGCUGCCUCCGCAGCCGCCCGGCCACGCCCCCAACGCGCACCCGUUCGUCAACGGUGUGCCGCUGCCCGAGCAG